GACCCCAACGUGAAACCGCCCUACUCGUACGUUGCACUCAUUGCCAUGGCGAUCAAAGAAUCGACCGAGAAGCGGCUCACACUGAGCGGAAUUUAUCAAUUUAUCAUAGGGCGGUUCCCGUAUUACGAGAAAAACAAGAAAGGCUGGCAGAACUCAAUUAGACACAACCUCAGCCUCAACGAGUGCUUCGUCAAAGUGGCCCGCGAAGGGGGCGGGGAGAGGAAGGGCAACUUCUGGACCCUGGAUCCGGCGUUCGAGGACAUGUUCGAGAAAGGGAAUUAUCGGAGGCGGCGACGGAUGAAGAGGCCGUACAGGCCGACCCUGUCGCUCCACAAGCCCCUGUUCUCCGAUCACACCCACGCCCUGAAUCAGUUCGCGUUCAACAACUAUUUCAACGCCCCGUCCUACUCGCAGUACUCGGGGUACUCGCCCUGGGCGCUGGCGCACAACGCGGGGCCCACCAACAUGGGGGUAUCUCAGCUCCCGAGCUACCGCUCCUGCCAGCGGAUGUCUGCGCACACCGCCCUCAACGGACUGCACCAGUACUCCGGCAUGGGCGUCGGCAUGGGGAUGGGGGUCGGCCUGGGGACCCCGGGCGCCCAAGUGCCCCCGAGCAUGCCCUCGCCGUCGAAUUACCCCUCGCCGUAUCCUCAGUUCCCCGAGUACAGCGCCGUAGGUGGCGGAUCCACGUUCGGCUUCCAGUGUCGACAGCAAGGAGAUGCUUUUAACUCGACUCAUUACAAUUCCUACUGGGCCGACAGGUGA